UUACAGUUUAACCCUAAACAACUUCACAUAGUUCUCCGCCGUCUCUUUCUACAUUCUCGCUAACAAGUCAGAAUAUUUUUCGUUUCGGGAUUUAAAAACACUGUCUAAAUGAGGGGAAGGAGUUACACCCCAUCACCACCAAGAGGUUACGGAAGAAGGGGAGGUAGAAGCCCUGGCCCAAGGGGCGGACGGUAUGGCAGAGCAGAUGCUCCGACUAGUCUUCUAGUCCGCAACCUCCGUCUCGAUUGCAGGCCUGAAGAUCUGAAGAGGCCUUUCGGCCAGUUUGGCCCUGUAAAGGAUGUCUAUCUGCCAAGGGAUUACUACACUGGUGAUGCACGAGGCUUUGGGUUUGUCCAGUAUGUGGAUCCGGCAGAUGCUGCAGAAGCUAAAUAUCAAAUGGAUGGUCAGCUUCUGCAUGGUCGGGAGCUCACUGUUGUUUUUGCCGAGGAGAAUCGGAAGAAACCGACUGAAAUGAGAGCCAGAGAACGUGGUGGAGGAAGCCGUGGUGGAUCUUAUGAUCGAAGGCGAUCUCCGUCGCGUUAUUCUCGAUCACCUCCGCGCAAUUCUCAAUCACGCGGCCGCAAUUACUACUCUCCUCCUAAGAGAAGAUAUUCGAGGUCUAUUUCGCCCAAUGAGAAAAGGUACAGUAGGGAGAGGUCGUAUUCACGCUCUCCUCCGGCACGCGAACACAAGCACCACAGCGGCAGUCCAGUAAGAGUUGAACGGUCGCCGUAUGGUUCUAGAAGCCGCAGCCAAAGCCCGGGCCCAGUUGGACCCGGCCCAGUGAGGGCCCGUUCGCCAGUUAGGGCUAGGAGCAUAAGCAGAAGCAGAAGUAGGAGCCCUCCACAUCAUCCUGCAGAAUACGCUAGGGGCCCACCUAGGAGGGAUAGGUCACCUAGCCAGUGAGCAGCAGCUCUAGAAUUCGUCAUUUUGCUGCUUUUGUGUAUUUCGUUGUUCUCGAUUUGAACUUUUACUGUAUGUUUGAAUUUCGAGGGUACCUUUUUUUAAAUGUUUGAACCGUAGUACUUUUUUUUUUUAAUGUCUGAACCGUGUAUUUGGUUUUAAUUGCAUGGUGUUAACUCUUGAUGUAUGAUGUUUCUUAAGACUAAAUUGGAAUAUUAUUAAAUUGUUGGUAGUC